UAUAUAGCGUAGCUGCUUAGAAUUAAGAUGGCUAUGCCUAAUAUAGAGAGAGACAGUGAGCUACUUGAGGCUCAAGCUCACAUAUGGAACCAAACAUUCAACUUCAUAAGCUCUGCAUCACUUAAAUGCGCAAUUCAACUUGGCAUACCAGAUAUCAUCCAAAACCAUGGCCAACCAAUUCCUCUCUCUAACCUCCUCGCCGAGCUACCAAUCAACCCCACAAAAAACCGUUGCAUCUAUCGCCUCAUGCGCAUUCUUGUUCAUUCCGGUUUCUUUGUUCAACAAAAAGUUGCCGGAAAUGAGCAAGAAGUUGAGUAUCUUCUCACACCGGCUUCUCAGCUUCUCACAAAGGACCAUCCCUUGAGUUUGUCACCAUUUUUGCUAGCCAUGCUUGAUCCAAUUGUAACCAAUCCAUGGCACUUUAUGAGCACUUGGUUCCAAAAUGAGGAUGAAACCCCAUUUUACACUGUUAAUGGGAGGACACUUUGGGACCAAGCUGGGCAGGAGCCGGUGCUGAACAAAUUUUUCAAUGAGGCCAUGGCUAGUGAUGCUCGGUUGGUGGCUAGUGUGGUGAUUAAUGAGUGUAAGGGAGUGUUUGAGGGGUUGAAUUCAUUGGUGGAUGUUGGGGGUGGCACUGGGACAGUGGCCAAAGCCAUUGCUGAGGCAUUCCCACACUUGAAGUGCACAGUGCUUGAUCUUCCACAUGUUGUUGCUAACUUGAAAGGGACUCAAAACUUGAACUUUCUUCAAGGGAACAUGUUUGAAGCAAUUCCUCCAGCAGAUGCAAUUCUACUCAAGUGGAUACUGCAUGACUGGAGUGACGAAGAUUGUGUGAAGAUCCUGAAGAGAUGCAGAGAGGCAAUUCCAAGCAAGGAGAAGGGUGGGAAGGUGAUAAUUAUAGACAUGAACAUGAUGAUACAGGAGAAAAACAAGAAAGAAGAUAAUGAAUCGAUUGAAACCCAGCUGUUCUGGGAUAUGUUAAUGAUGGUUACAGUAUCUGGUAAAGAGAGAAAUGAGGAGGAAUGGAAGAAGCUCUUCCUGGAUGCUGGCUUCAGUGACUAUAACAUAACGCCCGUACUGGGUUUAAGGUCUCUCAUUCAGCUUUAUCCUUAAUUAUUACUCCUCACAAUUAGGGUUGUGUCAUAAGUGCUUGCUUUGAAAUUAAGCACGUAAGCUUUCAGUAGUAUUGCUUACAAGUUUAGAAUAAUAAAUGUUGUUUGGUUUUUUCAAGUGUUCUUAACGCGAGCAUGUAAAAAUUUUAUAUGGCAACGACUGGU